GGUAUAGUACACCUAUAAGUUGCAAUAACUGCGGCGAAGAAGAAGAGGAAGGUGAUGGCCUCCGUUGUUGACAGUCCCGUCCGUCGGGGCGCUCGGUGCUUCUCCUGUCCGGGUCUCCUGCCUCUGCACUCGGGUUAAACCUCCACACAGAGACCCGUUCCAGCUCCAGGCCGACAGCCGAGCCGAGCCGAGCCGAGCCGAGCGGCCUCCCCGUCCGGCUCCAGCAUGAACGACGCGGCGGGGCUCCGGUUCCGGCGGCAGCACCGACCGCAGGUGAUCACCGACGAGCUGCCGGAGCACCGUCACAAAGGCACCGGCACCUACAGCGGGAAGGUGUUUCAGGUGACUCUGCUCUCUCUGGGCAGCUUUCUGCUUCUUCCUCUCCUGGUCAUCAUCCUCAUCCUCGAGUCUCCCAUCCACCCCGAAGUCCUCAGUCUGAAGGAGCCUCCUGUGAUGACGGGCUGCUGGGAACCGAACCUGAAGCUCAGAGAGGCUCAGAGACUGUUUGAGGACCAGAUCAUCGGACCGGAGUCCAUCGCCAACAUCGGAGAUGUUUUGUUUUCUGGAACAGCUGACGGGAAGAUCGUGAAGCUGAUUGGUCGGAGAAUCCACACAGUGACGAGACUCGGAAAACCGCCCUGUGGAUCCAGAGAGGACGAGUCCAGCUGCGGGAGGCCGUUGGGGAUCCGAGUCGGACCAAACGGGACUCUAUUUGUAGCCGACGCCUACCUGGGUGUGUUCGAGGUCAACCCCACCACAGGUGAGUCGAGCCGCCUCGUGGCGGGCGGUCAGGUGGUCGCCGGCAGGAAGUUGUCGUUCAUCAAUGACCUGGCGGUGACGCAGGACGGCAAGAAGGUGUACUUCACCGACUCCAGCAGCAGGUGGCAUCGCAGAGACUACAUGCACCUCAUCAUGGAGGCCACCGCCGACGGACGCGUUUUGGAGUUCGACACGGAGAGCAGAGAGCUGACGGUCGUCAUGGAGAACCUUCGAUUCCCAAACGGCAUCCAGCUGCUGCCUGACGAGGAGUCGGUGCUGGUGGCAGAGACCACCAUGGCCCGCAUACGCAGAGUCCACGUCGCGGGUCUAAAUAAAGGCGGGAUGGACACGUUCAUCGACAACCUGCCCGGUUUCCCCGACAACAUCCGGCCGAGCUCCAGCGGCGGUUACUGGGUGGCCAUGUCCGCCGUGAGGCCGAACCCCGGAUUCUCCAUGCUGGACUUCCUGUCCCAGAGACCCUGGAUCAAGAAACUCAUCUUCAAGCUCUUCAGUCAGGAGGUGUUGAUGAAGUUUGUCCCUCGCUACAGUCUGGUGGCGGAGCUCCAUGACGGCGGCGUCUGCACGCGCAGCUUCCACGACCCCAACGGUCUGGUGGCGGCGUACGUCAGCGAGGUCCACGAGUACGACGGCAGUCUUUAUCUGGGCUCCUUCCGCUCGCCGUACAUCGCCAAACUCGACCUGCGAGACGUCUAAGAAACCGACCAAUCAAACGGACGGACGUGUGACGCAGCGUCGGUCUGUAACGGUGACGUCGUGACGCAGCAGGAGGCGGAGCUCCGUCAGCAACUUAUUGACGACUGUUUGAUGGAUUAACAGGAAAUGAAAGAGACAAUAAUCCCACUGAUCACCACUUUCAAUCAUUUCUAUUGAUUUUGUGUUCAUGUGUUCAUGUUAGCAUGUUAGCAUGUUAGCAUGUUUCUGUGGGGGGGGCGGGGUCAGAUUAAUGACCUGUUGGUCUAUUUUUUGAUUGGAUGAUAAAGAAGCUGCUUGUGUUUAAUCAACAUUUAACAGCUUUUGCUUCUUUUGUUCAUAUUUCUCAGUGUUGAGACUCGGCGGCGCGUCAACGAGCCGUCGAGCCGCAGAAAACAUUUCAAUAUUCAUGAACGACAGACGUACGAGUGACUCUGAUAUCUCACAGCUGACUCAUAAAACCAGUGAGAACAGGAACACAGUUUAGCGUGUUGUUAAGUUCACAGGUUCGAUAUGUGACGUCGCAGCGCUGGAAGGAUCUGUUAGCGGUGAUUCAACCGCGGCUCUUCGUCGUCUGAGGAGGAGCUGCAGCUUCGAUUCAGCUUCUUCUGCUGCUGAGACGACUCUGAUUCUACAUUUAACACGCUUAACGAGCAGUGAACAAAUCAUGCAAAUUAGGUGGAAACACGAUAAUUUUCAUGAUGCAUAAACUGUGAAUCUAGUUAGAAAUUCAACCUGCAAGUUGUGCUAAUAUGCUAAAAAACCAGCAUGCUAACACAGCUAACAGUCUGCAGAGAUGCUAACACAGCUAACAGUCUGCAGAGAUGCUAACACAGCUAACAGUCUGCAGAGAUGCUAACACAGCUAACAGUCUGCAGAGAUGCUAACAGCUAACAGUCUGCAGAGAUGCUAACACAGCUAACAGUCUGCAGAGAUGCUAACGUAGCUUCAGACUUACAGUGUUGCUGCAGCAACAUGCAGAUGAUGUCAUCACUUUAAACACGCUGCGUGUGUAAAUACACUAUAAAAAAUUAAACUUGUACAAUAAGAACUGAUUCUGAUUGGCUGAGACGUGACGUGAUGAUCCCGAUGCUGCAAAGUUUAUUAAUAAUAAUCUUGAUUUAUUUUCGCAUUUUCAAAAACAGGUACGAAGUUCCCGACAAGUAAAGCUGAUAACUGAUCACAUAGUGAGAUGCAUAAAAUAAAUAAAUUAAAAUAUAAUUGACAGUAUGAAGGAGGGAACAUGGUGGUUUUCUCUGAGUCUUCUUACCAGAAACCAGUAAAACCAGUGUGGACUUGUCACACCUGCAGAGUUUUUAUCCAACAGGCUGUUUUAUUGAUGAGUCAGUAAAUUAACUGUGUUUAUUGUUUCAUAUUUACGAUACUUUAACACAUCCUGAAGAGUUUUUCAGUGUAGAAGCGAGUCGGCUGUUUCAGUAACGAGAGUUUCUCUGAUUGGUUGAAAUAACAAUAAUAAUAAUAUUUAAAUAUAAAUCAGUCGAUAUGAUUCAAAGACUUUAAGGAAACGUGACGAACUACAGACGUUAGUUUGGCUCUAAAAAUGAAAUUUAAUAAUUUUUUAUUAAGAUAAUAUGUUUGCAAUUACAUAUUAAGAAGGAUAUAUAUAUAUAUAUAUAUAUAUAUAUAUAUAUAUCUCAUCUCAUUGAGUCUAAUUUUCAGGUAUUUAACAGUAAUUUUUUAUGGUGUAAUUUGGUAAAAGCUUCAGUUUUUAAGAAACAACCAAACCGCUAAAAUGUAGUUUUUAACAUAAAACUGAACUGAAAACUAAAUAUUUUCCGUCAGUUGAAUAAUUAUCAAGAGUCUAAUUUAUUAUUAUUAUUAUUUUUUGCAAAUGAAUAAUUAAGUAUGAAGCGAUAUAUGAGGGACGUUUACCGACUAAACCAAACUAUCAGUUUCUCUGUUUAUAAUAAUUUGUACUAAACUGCAUCAAACCUCCUAAAAACGAGACGUUAAAUACCUGAAAAUCUCCAGUAAAUCUGUAUGAAAUUAAAGAAGCUGUAAAAUAAAACCUCUCUGUGCUUCCAUAGAUGUUGAGUUUUAUUAAAACAGCUGUCGGUGUUUUAACUGGAACCAGUUAGUCAGUGAUUCGGCUCGAUGACGUCAGACGGUUCAAUCUGUUCAUUAAAGAGACAAACGAACCUGCAACAACAAGCUUCUGUUCCUGAUCGACUCGUUUUUACUUUCAGAUGUUUGAAGGUUUUUGUUGUUUUUUAUGUUUGAGUCGUCGAGACGAAGCUGCCAAAUUUAUUUUAGUCUCUUAUUUUUGUACUAAAAGAUCUUUCACCCGAAGAAACUGAGCUGUGAUGUAAACUUUAUUUCUAUCAGAUGAGUUUUGAUGUGUAUUUUCUUCUUCUUCUUCUUCUUCUUUUCCUCGAGUCGUUUGUUUUUCAGCUUCCUUUGAAUAAAACCUGCAGUUUAAAUGAAA